AUGGCUGAGAACGAUAACAAAGUUGUAUAUCUGAGAGUUCAUCUACACUAUAAUGGUGUAUUUGUUCGACAUCCUUCUGGAGCUAUCGGGGAAGAGUUUCAAAACGUCUACUACUGCUUACCUAACAUCCCUUUAUCUAGAGGGAUUCGUCCCAUUGUAGAUGAUUUGGAUUUUACCCAGUUUAUAGAUAGCGGGUAUGAAUACGGUGAAAUUUUAGUUUAUGUUGAUCAUAAUGUGAAUGGAUUGGAGGAAUGGUGGGAUGAUGACAUGAAUCUGGUUAUUAGUAAAGAUAAUGAAAGUGGCCUUGAAGAUGAUGCUAUACCUAGAAAAGAAGAAAACAUUGCUCCUAAUGAAAUCCAUCCCAAUGUAGGUCUUGAAUAUGAAGUAAUUGACAUUGACAAAAUACAUUUGAACAUGAUGACUGGCGAUGCGUUUCUUAGUAAGUUAUGUCCUCUAGAAGGUGAUACUAGUGACAAUGAAGUUGAAGAAGAAGAUGUUGAGAUCCAUUCCAUUUUCAACCCUGAUAUACAAUGGAAGCGGCAAGUACCUGUUCUUGGGAUGAAAUUUGAAAGUCCAAAGCAGCUGAAAAAAAUGUUAUGUAACUAUGAUGUGGCAAAUGGAUACCAACUAUGCUUCAAGAAGAACGACAGUAAAAGUUAG